GUGAAAGUUUAAUCAUCAGCAUUAUGACUCUAUCAAUAUUGUCACAGUGGCUAAUUAUUAGUUUACUCACCUGCUCUGAAUUUACAAGUACAGGAGCUCAUGGUAUGAGUCCCUUUAAACUUUUUAUCACGUAUACCUUUUAUGAGAUGUUCAUUACUCCCAUAGACAGUUCAUUCUAAAUUGUUGACAGAUAAACCUUUAGACAAAGAUGUGCAGAACUCCCGCACAUGUGCUUAACAUAUUUGAGGCUAAAUCCAGACCUUUCAUUCAGUGUGGAACAUUCCUGCAGGAAGAGCUGAUGAAAUCAGUAAUUAAAGGGCCCACUCUUGCUGUUUCAAAACUCCCUUUUGACUUUUUCUUGAAUACAGACUGCAUGCUUGGACUUUAAAUAUAAACAUGAAACCAAUACAUUGAACCUACCAAAAACCAGCCAAUCAACCAACCAAAAAAUAGAAACACAGACAGACUCUUGUUCUCUGACUCAGCUCCCAGCCUACACUAUUUAAUUUACAAGCCUCCUGUCAGUUUCAUUGAUUAAAGAUUCAGUCUGUUGGAAAGCUAGUCAUGGAAGAGUUUAAACACCCCUCCUUUCUAUUCAGUGACCCUAAUUAUCAGGCAGAGACAAUGCAAGAAAAGGCCUUCUCCUGACAGUGUAACAUUCAUUAUGGCCAGCUGAUCUCAAUUCAAUGCACAUUCCCAUGUUUUUGGAUUAAAGCCUUUUUGUUGUUGUUGUGCAACAUCAAUAUUGGAUGUGUUGGGCCUGAGAGAGAUGUGUCAAAGCCAAUGGCAACACAAGAGAUCUUGUGUCAUAUGUUGUUAUAUUUGUAUUCACCGCAUUUAGUCUUUUUUUGGGUGAAUUUUGUUUGUAAAUGAAAGGUAAUGCAUUGAAGUAAUGUCAACGAGAAAAAUGUUGUGGCAAUCAUGCUUUCCCCCUUCAAAAAAAAUAAUGCAUUAUAUGCAGUCAAUAUCUUAGAUGAGCAAAGCCAGAGCUCAAACACAGCGGGUGGCUCUAUUUAAAGAGGAAAAAGCCUUGCUGUAUUUUGCCUCCAGCUUAUUGCCAAACGCCUCAGAAUAUGAAGGGUGCAUUUCAAAGUCGGGGGCUGUAGGGGAAAAAGAAGGAACCGUCCCAACAUUUAAAUCCAUUAGCAACCAGACAAAACACAUAUUGAUAGAUAAAGCCCUGGUCGGUUUCACGAAAGGGAGUGAAAGCAAGAAGGAAACAGCCCGAUCCUCGCUGCAUCCCUGGCCCAGAAGGAAGCUGCGAAGGGCUCGACCUGCCCUGCCCGCUUUUAGGUACCACUCCGUAAGUUUCUCCAGCUGCCUCCCUCCCCUUGCUCCGCUUUGGCCCCUCCUCUGGGCCAGGAACGCGGUUCCAUGGCCGCUGAUUGGCUGCAGCCCGGCGUAGCUCAGGUCCGGAGCCGGGCUCUCUCUCCAGACUGUGUGGUGGCCAGGAGUUUGCAGCAGCGGCGGGGAGGUGAAGCGGAGCAGCGAGGAAGCCAAGCCGCCCAGCGCUCUGGCACACGCGUGGCACCGCUGGGGCAGGCUUGCCCCAGGCACCAGCACUCCCGCCGCCAGCCCUGCAGCAGCCGCGGCUCCUCAGGCUUUGGGAGGCUCGGAUUUGCUGAAGAACUUAAAUAAAAAGCUCCUCACUCGUCCACGGCGUCAUUUCUGCAGGUUGGGCACACACACGCAGCCAGCCAAGCACGGCCCCCGCCUAGCGCUUUCCCUCCCCCGGCGUGCGUCCAGCCAGCCACGAUUCAGUGACUAUGAGCCUGCAAGUGAAACUUUCCCGGAGCGAGCUGUAUUUCCCCUGCCCAUUCGCAAAGCCGAUGAAUGCGAGAUAAUAAUGGAGAGGAAAAAGGCAGAGGCAGUCUCCGAGCUCAGCACGCCAGCGCUCUGAUUCACCGCGGAGCAGCCCGCACCUGCUGUAAGCGCCUCGGACUUUGCCUAGCCAACCUAUUGCUCCUACUUUCCCCGGGUGAGCCGAAGGAAGAGGAGAGGUGGGACAAGUAGCCCGUUGCAGCUGCUGUACAAACUGCUGUAAGAACUUGCGUGGCGGAUACGGUGUGAAUGACUAGCUCGGGUUUCUAAAGGCGAGCGUGACUUUCCACUGCUCGCCCUAUGACUCUCAGAGAUGACACAGCCUUCGCCAUCUCCAGCCCAGGGAAGUGGCUCCGCGGGAGGGUCCUGAGGAACCCCCACCCCCAAAAUCCGAUUCUUAUUUUGCAGACGCUCCCCUCCUCCCCUCUUUUCAGGCUGUGACUUAUGAUCGGACAAGGCUCCCCCCACCCUUGCACGUUUGCAGCCGCACUUUCACAGCAGCCUCUGUCUCGGUGUCUGCUUGCUUGUAUUUUUUUAAAUAGGAUUUUAUUUUUAGUGCAAUAACCACGAGGAUGCGUUUAAAGUGCGCCUGGUCUCUGCAAUGAGGUCUGUGCUGGGGGGUUUUUUUUCGGAAGGGGGGAGAUAUUGCGCAUGCCAGGUGCAGAUAAAUCCAGAUUCCCGCAUCUAUUGACUGCUCUGCGAUUUUUUUAAGAUCUCUCUAUAAAAGACAUUUUUUCUAUAACUUCUGACUUGCAUGCAUAUCGAUGGGCGGAAAGCGCAACUGAUUUUAUUGGGGUGAUCGAUGCUAACUUUGAUAAAGAGGUGACACUGACUGCCGGGGGAAGCAGACGAGCUGAGUGUGUCUCUAGACGAUUUUUGCCUCUGAUUUAACCCUAUUUUAAAAGAAACCCCAGACAGCCAAGCACCAAAACAACACCCCCGCCCCCCGCGAGCCUGCUCCAGCCGGGCUAUCAACAGGCAGCCAGGAGGGAGGCUGGGCGCCAGGUGUGCGGAACCGGGAGAUGGAUAUUCUUCUCCCCGUCCUGCUCGCCUUGCUGUGGACCGGGGCAGGAGCCCUGAUUAACCUGAAGUACUCGGUGGAGGAGGAGCAGCGCGCCGGCACGGUGAUCGCGAACAUCGGCAAGGACGCCCGGGAGGCUGGCUUCGUGCUGGACCCCCGCCAGCCCGCCGCCUUCCGGGUGGUCUCCAACUCGGCCCCGCACCUGGUGGACAUCAACCCGGGCUCGGGCUUGCUGGUGACCAAGCAGAAGAUCGACCGGGACCUGCUGUGCCGCCAGAGCCCCAAGUGCGUGAUCUCGCUGGAGGUGAUGUCCAGCUCCAUGGAGAUCUGCGUGAUCAAACUGGAGAUCAAGGACCUGAACGACAACGCGCCCAGCUUCCCCACCGACCAGAUCGAGCUGGAGAUCUCGGAGACGGCCAGCCCGGGCACGCGGGUGCCGCUGGAGAGCGCCUACGACCCGGACUCGGGCAGCUUCGGCGUGCAGAGCUACGAGCUCACCCCCAACGACCUCUUCGGGCUGGAGACCAAGACGCGCGGCGACGGCUCCCGCUUCGCCGAGCUGGUGGUGGAGCGCAGCCUGGACCGCGAGACGCAGUCCCACUACAGCUACCUGCUCACGGCGCUGGACGGCGGCGACCCGCCCAACUUCGGCACGGUGGAGCUCAGCAUCCGGGUCAUUGACUCCAACGACAACAACCCGCUCUUCGAGGAGCCGGCCUACGCCGUCAGCGUGCCCGAGAACGCGCCGCCCGGCACGCCCCUGCUCCGCCUCAACGCCUCCGACCCCGACGAGGGCACCAACGGGCAGGUGCUCUACUCCUUCCACAGCUACGUGUCCGAGCGGGCGCGCCAGCUCUUCCACCUGGACCCGCAGAGCGGCCUGCUCAGCGUCAGCGGCGCCGUGGACUACGAGGAGGGCCACAGCUACGAGCUGGACGUGCAGGCCAAGGACCUGGGGCCCAACUCCAUCCCGGCCCACUGCAAGGUGACGGUCAGCGUGCAGGACGCCAACGACAACCCGCCCCUCAUCAACCUGCUCUCGGUCAACAGCGAGCUGGUGGAGGUGAGCGAGAGCGCGCCGCCUGGCUACGUCAUCGCCCUGGUGCGGGUCUCCGACCGUGACUCCGGGGCCAACGGGCGGGUGCAGUGCAAACUGCUGGGCAACGUGCCCUUCCGCCUGCAGGAGUACGAGAGCUUCUCCACCAUCCUGGUGGACGGGCGGCUGGACCGGGAGCAGAGGGACCAGUACAACCUCACCAUCCAGGCCAGGGACAACGGGGUGCCCUCCCUGCAGGCCACCAAGUCCUUCACCGUCAAGAUCACUGAUGAGAACGACAACCACCCCCACUUCUCCAAGCCCUACUACCAGGUCAUUGUGCAGGAGAACAACACCCCCGGGGCCUACCUCCUGUCUGUCUCUGCCAGGGACCCUGACCUGGGCCUUAAUGGCAGCGUUUCCUAUCAGAUUGUACCCUCCCAAGUCCGGGACAUGCCUGUCUUCACCUACGUCUCCAUCAACCCCAACUCUGGGGACAUCUAUGCCUUGAGGUCCUUCAAUCACGAGCAGACCAAGGCCUUCGAGUUCAAGGUCUUGGCCAAAGACGGGGGCAGCCCCUCCCUGCAGAGCAAUGCCACCGUCAGAGUGAUCGUCCUGGAUGUCAAUGACAACACCCCUGUGAUAACUGCCCCACCUCUGGUCAAUGGGACUGCAGAAGUGUACAUCCCUAGGAAUGCCGGGGUUGGCUACUUAGUGACAGUGAUCAAGGCAGAUGACUAUGAUGAAGGGGAGAAUGGAAGACUGUCCUAUGAAAUGGCAGAUGGGGAUAGAGGAUUUUUUGAAAUAGAUCAGUUCAAUGGAGAGAUAAGGACCACCAGAGCAUUUGGGGAGAAUGCAAAAACUACUUAUGAACUGAUUGUGGUGGCGCAUGAUCAUGGAAAAACAUCACUCUCAGCUUCUGCCUUGAUUUUGAUAUACCUAUCCCCAGCUCUCGAUGCCCAGGAAUCUAUAGGAUCUGUUAACUUGUCACUGAUUUUCAUUAUUGCCCUGGGUUCUAUUGCUGCCAUUCUUUUUGUCACCAUGAUCUUUGUUGCAGUCAAGUGUAAAAGAGAUAACAAGGAAAUAAGGACCUACAACUGCAGAAUUGCAGAGUACUCCUAUGGGCAUCAAAAGAAAUCAAGCAAGAAGAAAAAAAUCAGCAAGAACGAUAUCCGGCUGGUACCACGGGAUGUAGAGGAAACAGAUAAAAUGAAUGUGGUGAGCUGCUCUUCCCUUACUUCAUCUCUCAACUAUUUCGACUAUCAUCAGCAGACCUUGCCACUGGGCUGCCGCAGAUCUGAAAGUACCUUCCUCAGUGUGGAGAAUCAGAACACUAGGAACACAGGCUCCAACCAUGUUUAUCCCCACACCUUCACCGGGCAGAGUCCCCAGCAACCAGAUCUGAUCAUCAAUGGAAUGCCAUUGCCAGAGACUGAAAACUACUCUUUUGAUUCCAACUAUGUGAACAGCAGAGCCCAUUUAAUAAAGAGCAGUUCAACUUUCAAGGACUUAGAGGGGAAUAGUCUCAAGGAUAGUGGGCAUGAGGAGAGUGACCAGACCGACAGUGAACAUGAUGUCCAACGAGGCCUGUACUGUGAUACUGCCGUCAACGAUGUGCUGAACACCAGUGUUAAUUCCAUGGGGUCUCAGAUGCCUGAACAAGAUCAAACUGAAGGAUUUCAUUGUAGGGAAGAGUGUCGGAUCCUUGGUCACUCAGAUAGAUGCUGGAUGCCCCGGAACUCUGUCCCCAGUCGUGCAAAAUCCCCUGAGCAUGGAAGGAAUGUCAUGGCACUCUCUAUAGAAGCUACCACUGUGGAUACAGAGCCUUAUGAAGACUGUAGUACAAAAAGAACUUUUGCAACGUUUGGGAAAGAUGGGAGUGAACCCCUCGCCGACGAGCGUAUCGUCAACCUGAAAGGCAAAAGAACAGUGGAUCUGCCCAUCUGCAGCCCAAAGGUAAAUGGUGCAGUCCGCGAAGCGGGGAAUGGCUGUGAAGCUGUGAGCCCCAUCACUUCACCCCUUCAUCUGAAGAGCCCCCUGUCUAGCAAACCUUCAGUAUCAUACAACAUAAUGCACUGCCCGGUAAAUCGCGACCUGGAGCAAUUUGUAAACAAUGGCCCUUCUCGGCCCACUGAAGCAGAGCCUAGAGGGGCAGACAGUGAAAAUAUAAUGCAUGAAGUUAACCCACUUCUGCAAGAAUGUAGAGAAAAAGACUCACCAGGAGUGAAGAGACUAAAAGACAUAGUACUCUAAACGGCACCAUAUAAAAAGGAGAACCGACACUACUACAAGCGCAUAUUGUUUUUAAUUGCUUACCAAUGGUUCACAAAUUGCUGUAUUUAAGAGCUUUCCCUAAAUGUAUUGUUUAUAAAUGAAGCUAUCGUUAAUGUGACAAUCCCACUUGUUUCAGCAACCAGCAGGGGUGUUCAGUUGAAGCAAAUUAGCUUGUUUUUCUUUUGUCACGGGGUAGGGGUGAAGGUGAGACCAGUUCAGUUAUAAAGAAGUAUUAUGUAUGGAGUAUUUUCAAUUUGUAUAUUUUUAUAUCUCAAAACUCUCUAUUAUAAAUUGCCAUUCUUUGUAAUGAAUUGAAUUGAAAACUCCUUAUCUGGCCAUCCUUAAUAAACACCCUGAAGUUUUUGUAGUCUACACAAUUUAAUGGCCAUUUCUUAUGUACAACUGUUAAAAGAACAAUUCAAUGAGUUUUAAUAUUUGCCUAGCACAAGGCUGUUUGUCCUUUAAAAUGUUGCUAUUUUGCUGUGGACACCCCUGCAUUAAGAAUCCUUUUGCUAUCACAUGCUUAUCUGUACUAUUAUCGUAUUUGAUAUUGCAAAUUACUGUAUGUCUAGUGAUGGCAAAAGGCUUUCAAGUUUUAAAAAAAACAUAGAUAUAUUUAAAACUUGGGGAAACUGCUAAUUUCAAAGCCAAUGUAAGGAGUGUUCUCUCCCCGUCUUACCCUCCAGCACCCCACACAUCCUAUACUUGUUUUCACAGAGCUAUGAUAGAUCAUUGUGAAAAGUCAUUUGGGGGAUAUUCUGCUGCCUAAUUUGCAGUUGUUAGAUGCAGCGUGCUGAACGUUUUGAGAUCCAUUUUUUUUUGUAAUGUCAAGGCACUGCAUGGAAAAGCUUCUCCGUAAGUUAUUAGUUCCCAGGUUUCGAUAUUCCCUGUCUCUAAUCAUCUCAGAGUGAGGGAAUUGUUUAACAGAUCUAAAUUAGCAUCUUGGUUAGACACACACUUCCUGAUUCAACAUUUCCCAGUCAUGAUUACACUAAGUACCAGCGUGAGUGUAUGUAUCUCAUCAUGGAAUGGAUUUUAGAGUGAUAUUAUUUCUAUUUAUCCUGCAUCAAAAAUAGGUAUAGAGUAAGCAAUAGAAGGAUAUACGUGUAGGGACAGACAGGUGAAAUGUAACACCACUACUAAUCAAAUUAAUGUGCCUUCCAUAUGGAGAAGAAAAAUUUGAGUAAUUAUUUUUUCUCAUAAUUAAGUACAUAUUUUAUGUGGUUAAAAAUUUGCACACAUGAAAUAGAUUUUUAAAAGAAAAAGGACCAUUUGAGCUACUGGAACGGCCAUUUUGUAGAAACAAGGGGAGCUAUAAAGAUUUUCACAGCAUGGUAUAUUCUCUGCUCUCCUGCACUACAUAAUUGUUCAGAUUGGGUUUGAGUGAGGUGGAGUGGAGGAUGAAGGUUUGUGAAUUAGUAACCCUUUAUUUGACAGACUUUUCUACCCAGAAGAAUAUUCAUUAGAGCUUAAAGGUUCAUUAUAAGGCAGGGAAAAAAUACAGAUAUUGCCAACAUUUGCUCUGCCAGUGAACUGAAAAUAAUGGUUUCUAGAGAAACAGUCUUCCUAGUACUAAUGUAUCUUGAUAACAUUCUCGUUACUUUGAUUUAUUUAAAUUAAAAAUGUCAUCAGGAAAAGAGCCUCCAAUUGUUAUUGUCCUAGAAAUCAAAUAAGCUCCAGUCCUUUCUUUUCUUUAGAGAAAGUGGAUAAAAUGAAUAUGGAUGAGUUUUUGACUACUCCAGUUGGUACAUUACCAGUAUGUCUUAUGGGCCCAGGAAUUUGAAAAUAAAUUAUCAAAAGAACUUCUAAUUAAAUUACUAAAGCUUUUUGUAUUGGUGUUGAUUGCUACCUCAUGCAGAUGGAAUCCCCCUAGUUGAUGUGACUGCAUCUAUCCCUCUAAAACUGACCUGUAUUUCAUUUUUUUCUUUAAUUUUGAAGUUUGAUUCAUUUUUUUAAAUAGUAUGUUCUUUUUAUUCUAGUUUUUUAUAUCUUGGGUACUGUACUGCUGUCAUUAAAAUGUAUAUUUUUUGCAAGUGGAUGUAUAUUAUAUGAGCAAUAGAAAAAACAGGUUGGUUUCGGGGGGGUUAAGUUACUGGAUAUUAAGAUGAGUGUUUUGUUCAUUAUGAUGUAACCUGUAUUUAACUUCUGAGAGCUUUAUUCAGUGAAAAUUCAUGUCCUUACUUACUGAGCCACAGAAGCCUCCUGGAUAUCUUCGUUCGCUGCAGAAAUUAAUCCUCAUUAAUUGACAGAAAAUUGUUUCUAGAAGAAUUUUGUGUGUGUGUGGCAGCAGUAACUCAGAAUCAGUCUAUCAGUUCCCCCCCCCCCAACACAUAUUCUUCAGGUGCAUAUGGAUAACCAAUGGCAAUCAUGAAGCUUUUGACAUCAGGGGCCUCUACUUAGGAUGCUCAAAGACUCUGGUUGCUUUAGGCUAGCUGACAAAAUGGGUUGAAGUUCAUAUGAACCUUUUGCUCUCUCAUGGAGAGCCCCCAAAAAGGGCUUGGGUUUCUUCAAACUCCUGCGUUUUACUGCUGGGAUUUUGUUACAAAAUCCAGGAAGCUCAUUAGUUUUGCACUAAGUUCAGUGAAACUCUCCGUCCAAAAGUUACCUUGAGAUUUCAAAUUUUCACAGCACGAAUGUAAACAAACCUGAGUGGGGAUAUGUGUGUUGCAAAUGGUGUAAACUGAACCUAUCUGCCUGCUUGAUGCAAUCUCUCCUAAUUUGAAACGGGUGGGUGUCAUGCUGCAUUCAUGGCAGGUCAUUUCCCUGAAAUGAGCCAGUCAAGUACUUCACAAAAGGGAGCUGAUGAGGAAUAGCCAAAAGGCUUCCCUGAGGAGAGCCGAAGGCAUGAGCCCUCACUCUGAUAGAAGAGAGCCCCAUUCCCCGCCCCACAGCUCCAUGUCUGCAACAAGUGGGAAACUAUUUAGCCAAGAAGGUCAUGUUUGGGUCCAGGCCAUAGAGCCACCUUCUCUCCCCAAACAUGCACACUCC